GGGACAUCAUGAUAACCUAUUUUGAACCUUCCAUCUCAUUUGAGGGACUGUGCAGUGAAGUUCGAGACAUGUGCUCAUUUGACAACGAACAGCUUUUCACCAUGAAAUGGAUUGAUGAAGAAGGAGAUCCAUGCACAGUUUCUUCUCAGCUGGAGUUAGAAGAGGCGUUUCGGUUGUAUGAACUAAACAAGGAUUCAGAGCUUCUAAUUCAUGUAUUCCCGUGUGUACCAGAACGGCCUGGCAUGCCUUGUCCUGGAGAAGAUAAGAGCUCAUUGUGCCAUCUGUACUGACCGAAUAUGGGGCCUGGGCCGCCAGGGAUAUAAAUGCAUCAAUUGCAAACUCCUUGUUCACAAGAAGUGUCACAAACUUGUCAGUAUUGAAUGUGGCCGACAUACAUUACAACCAGAGCCAAUAAUGCCUAUGGAUCCAUCAUCGGUGCAUCCAGAUAGUGUAGAAUCAGUGAUUCCAUAUAAUCCCUCAAGUCAUGAGAGCUUGGACCAUGUUGGUGAAGAAAAAGAGGCAAUGAGCAUUAGAGAAAGUGGCAAAGCUUCCUCCAGUCUGGGUCUUCAGGAUUUUGACUUGCUCCGAGUUAUAGGAAGAGGCAGUUAUGCUAAAGUACUGCUUGUUCGGUUGAAGAAAACUGAACGCAUUUAUGCAAUGAAAGUGGUGAAGAAAGAGCUCGUCAAUGAUGAUGAGGAUAUUGAUUGGGUUCAGACAGAGAAACACGUCUUUGAACAGGCUUCAAAUCAUCCCUUUCUUGUUGGACUACACUCUUGCUUCCAGACAGAAAGCAGGUUAUUCUUUGUUAUAGAGUACGUAAAUGGAGGAGAUCUGAUGUUUCAUAUGCAGAGACAGAGAAAGCUGCCAGAGGAGCAUGCCAGGUUUUAUUCUGCUGAAAUCAGUCUAGCCUUGAACUAUUUACAUGAACGAGGGAUAAUCUAUAGAGAUUUAAAACUGGAUAAUGUGCUACUAGAUUCUGAAGGGCAUAUUAAACUCACAGAUUAUGGCAUGUGCAAGGAGGGUCUGAGGCCUGGUGACACAACCAGCACAUUCUGUGGGACUCCAAACUAUAUUGCACCUGAAAUUCUCCGUGGAGAGGAUUAUGGCUUCAGUGUAGACUGGUGGGCACUUGGUGUGCUUAUGUUUGAAAUGAUGGCAGGCCGGUCGCCGUUUGAUAUUGUUGGGAGUUCUGACAAUCCUGAUCAGAACACAGAAGAUUAUCUUUUCCAAGUAAUUUUGGAAAAACAGAUCCGAAUUCCCCGAUCCCUUUCUGUUAAAGCAGCAGGUGUUCUAAAGAGCUUCCUUAAUAAGGAUCCAAAGGAACGUUUAGGCUGCCAUCCUCAAACAGGAUUUGCAGAUAUCCAGGGACAUCCAUUCUUCCGCAAUGUUGACUGGGAUCUGAUGGAGCAAAAGCAAGUGGUGCCUCCAUUUAAACCAAAUAUAUCCGGCGAAUUUGGUCUGGAUAACUUUGAUUCCCAAUUCACCAAUGAACCUGUGCAGCUCACUCCAGAUGAUGAUGAUAUUGUGAAGAAGAUUGACCAGUCAGAAUUUGAAGGCUUUGAAUAUAUAAAUCCUCUUUUGAUGUCAGCUGAGGAAUGUGUCUGAAUUCUCCAUUUCUGGACUGUGCCAAUUGUUACUCUGUUUCUGCAUGGAUAAACAUCUCUUCAUUUGGAUGCACUUGCAUAAAACGAGUAACUGAACAUCUUACCCUUGCCACCUAGUAUGAAUUACUCACUAAUUUUCUUUUUGUA